AAAAAAAGUAGAGUGUAGAAAUACCGCCAAUUGGGCGGGGUAGGAAGGAAACCCUAAAAUUGGCUAAUUCUGUAGAGUGUAGAAGAGAAAAGAGCAUUAAUGGCGCAUUCAUCUGCAAGUGCGGGUGAUUCACGACCUCCCUCAAGCCCCGAUACCACCCAAAACAACCUCCAGCAUUUUUUUGUUCUUCACAAAGCAUCUGAAAAGUUAACUUGUAAUGGGAAAGCCCGAAAGAGGCUUGAUCUAAGCCCAACAAAGCUUAAGCCUGAGAAGAAGGAAUGGGAUGAGCGCUGCUUGCGAAUGGAAGCUUUUCAGUUGGUUUGGUCUGGAAUUGACUCCACUAUCAAGGACGUUCUGAGGAAUAUGAAUGCUCGUGUAUUUAAUGACAUACACAGCUGGGUACGGGACUCCUUCAAUACGAAUACUAUCAAACCAUUUCCGCCACCUUCUCCCAUUGUCACCCACCAGCUCUUCACUGCGCUCCUUCUCACCAAGAAUAUGGAGUUUGUUGAUGAUUUCUUGACAUUUCAAGAGCUUGGCCUCUUCUUGAAAUCUCAUGGAUGCCAUGUGGCUAACCUUUCCUCCUUCGACUUUUCUCCCAAGAAUGGCAUUGCUGGUUGUCUCACAAGUUUAUUGAGACAGUUUUUGAUGCGGACUUUUGAUGCAGCUGAUAUGUCCAUAUUGGCAUCAUGGUACAGCCAGCAGGGAAACUAUGGUUCUCCAGUGGUUGUCAUUAUAAACGAUAUGGAACGAUGUUGUGGUCCUGUCUUGUCUGAUUUGAUUCUUAUGUUGAGUGAAUGGAUUGUCAAGAUCCCAGUCAUUUUAAUUAUGGGAGUUGCAACAACAAUGGAUGCCCCAAGUAACAUACUUCCUUCAAAUGUGCUGAAGAAGUUGCGCCCUUGCAAGUUCACAUUGGGAUCACCGGCUGAGAGGAUGGAUGCAGUUGUUGAGGCUGCUCUUGUGAGGCAGUGUUCUGGUUUUGCUGUUGGUCAAAAGGUGGCUAUUUUUCUGCGAAACUACUUCUUAAAUCAGGAUGGUACAUUGACAUCUUUUUUUAGAGCUUUGAAGAUAGCAUGUGUCCAACAUUUCUCCACGGAGCCUUUAAGCUUCAUGCUUGGACAGUUGCUUGCUAAAGAAGACAGCAAGGGAUUUCAGAGUGAGAAAGUGGUUAAGGGGGCAUCCGAAAUUUUACUUCAUGCAAGGGAUCAAAUGGCUGAACAAACUGAUAUCCCUAUAGCUCAUUGUUUGACAGAGUUGAAGAGAUUGCAGAUGGUCUGGAGCUCUAUUGUUCUGUGCUUAUAUGAAGCUGGGAAGUGUGGCAAAAUUCAAUUGUUAGACUUAUUUUGUGAGACACUUGAUCCAGAUAUUUACACCUCAUUGGCUUCUGAUAAUCCCACUGGAAUUGGAGAAAGUUUAGCUACAUCUUUGUCAAGCGAUCGCUAUAUGCUUGAACAAGAUUUGAGCUUCCAGAAGGGACAAACUAUUUGUCAGGUAGUACGCAAAGUUAGGGAUCUUCCUGCAGCAUUGCUCUGUCAGUUGCUCAAAAGUUGGGAAGUUCUCACUGUGGAUGUUCCUGAGAUUCACGACAAGGUAAAGGAGUUGCAGGCCUUGUUGAAAUUUGAGGGAGGAAGUUGUAAACCAGAUUUUACAGACAUAUCCAGGAGACAUACAUCUCACAGUCCCUUAAAAAUUGGGAAGUCACAAUCAAUAAAUGGAAAAGCUGCUAUACUAGUUGAUUGCAUGGUUAGGUAUUUCAUGAGGCCGAUUGAGUGCAUACAAUGUCACGAAAUUGUUUGCUUUAGAAAUGUUGAAAAACUUCAAUCGGCUUUGAUUGGAGAUUCAAGAAAGAGGAUUCAAGUGGAUCUUUUGGAGUUCCAUAAAAUCCUACGAUGCAGUUGCUGCAGCAGGAGUGGCAACAUUCCAUUGUCAUCCAUGCCCGAUACCUCAAUUGUGUAUACCUUGGCUCAAGAGCACGGCGAUCUUAUCAAUCUUCAUGACUGGUUCCAGUCUUUCAAAACAAUUGCCAGUCAGCCCAGUAGGAAAGGGGAGUGCAAGUUGAAGCAGUCCCCACUACCGAAAAGACGAAAGGACGUGAAUGAAUCUGAAAACAAGAGCGAAGCAUCUAUUCAAGCCCGAUUUUGCAGGGCAAUUACCGAACUACAAAUUACAGGCCUCAUUCGGAUGCCCAGCAAAAAACGUCGUGACUCUGUGCAGAGAGUCGCCUUUGGCCUGUGACAAGUUAUAUAAGUUUGGUUGGCUCAUAAUUUUCCCCUUAAUUAAUACUUUCGGUUACUAAUGUUAUAAUUAAAUAUGAGGUUGGUACUGGGUUCAAAUAUGCUUUCAUAUGUUUUGAGACCUAAGAGUUGAGAUAUGCGGCAUCCAAGAGAGUGCCCAUCGUUUUGAUGUUGGUAAGAUGACACAUGAUUGAGUGACCACAUGAAAAAGAAAUGUGCAUAUGAAGGAGUUAAGUAGGCUACAA